GCAGAGAAUGAGAGGAUAAACUUACAGACAGGAAGGACUGACCCAAGAGCGUUAGAGAGAGAUAGCGAGAGAGAGAGAGAGAGCAAGAUAGCGAGGGGGAGAGGGAUUAUCCAGCACUCAGUCAUUACGCUUCCAGGGAUAGGAGAGAGAGAAACUACAGAGUCAUACUGUUACAAUCUCCCGGACUGCUGUAAUUUUGGAACUUCUUCACUUUAAUUUGUAAACUUUUUUUCACAACCUUAUUUUUUAAAGAGAACAAUCAUUUUUUUCAUUCUGAAGCAGAGGACCUGGCUGUUACUUCUUCUUGUGUUCUCUGGGAUAUUUCUAAUGACACUGCCAUCUGGUCUCCACUGAUCAGCAAACUGUGGACCAGGGAUCUCUCUGCCCCUGCUGUGCCCCUGACAAGGCAUCGUGGAGCGGCUGCUUGUCGUCAGGGCUGGGUUGAUUGUCGUCAAGACUGGGUUGUUGCUGCUUCUUCUUUGUGGGGAAUGACCAUAGGAGGCGUGGGAUUGGUUGCAUUCCAGGGACACUCCUGAAAAGCCUGCGGAGAGGACUCAAGGUGAAGGAAGGGAAGGGAAGGGAAGGCUCUGUGGCCCCACAGAACUGAGAGAGCUGCCCCCCUCCCCAACCCCAAGACGCCCCAUCCAACUGCAGCAUGGAUCUCCCCCAUUCAGAGGUCUUUCUGAUGUGCCGUGAGAGGUGCGAGCCCCCUGCCCCAGUCCCGACCCCCUCCCUGGUGCUCCUCCACCCAGGACCAGGAUGGACCCUCCCCCGGGUCAUGGCCCUCCCCCAGUCAGGAGGGACCUGGAUGGGCUGGACCUCCAGCAGGUGCCUGUCCUCUCCCUGGACCAGAUCCGCUCCAUCCGGGCCAACAAUGACUAUGUGGAGCGCCCCGUAACCCUGGAUCAUGCCUCCCAGUCCGGCUUCUUCUACGCCCAUGAUGACCGCUACCCCAUCACCCACGGAUAUCCCCCUCAAGGUUACCCUCAUGGUUACCCUCAGGCGUACCAGUCCCAUGCCCCUCUCCCCCGGAGCCAGAGCCAGCAGCAACACGCCCACCUUGCCCAUCUUAGUCGCUCCAGUACUACCAGUUCAGCCAUGUCCCGGACCAGCGCUGCCUCCGACCAAAGACUCCUGGUGGGCCUGACGCCCUCCCACUCUGGCCUGGCCUCGGUGGUGCGCUCCCAGCCUAAAGGAGAACUCAAGACUGAGGCUUCUCUGGGUAAAGGCCUGGCGGAGGGAGAGGACCUGGGAUUGCACCUGUUUAUCUGUGAGCUCUGUGGGAGAUGUAAGUGUCAGGAGUGCUGCACCCCGCGAAGCCUGCCGUCCUGCUGGGCCUGUGGGCAGCGCUGCCUUUGCUCUGCUGAGAGUGCUGUGGAGUACGGCACCUGUCUGUGCUGCGUUAAGGGCCUGUUCUACCACUGCUCCGCUCAGGACGACGAGGACAACUGUGCUGACCGGCCCUGCGCCUGCACGCCCGCCCAUGCCUGUGCCCGCUGGGGCACCAUGGGCCUUCUGGCGCUGUGCCUGCCCUGUCUCUGCUGCUACCCCCCUGCCAGGCUGUGCCUCGCCCUGUGCCAGCGGGCCCACGACCGAGCCACCCGCCCUGGCUGCCGCUGCAGCAACACCAACACUGUGUGCCGCAAGAUCUCCGCCUCCAACCCCAAUCCCGGGCACACCCCCUUCUGCAGCAAGUCCCUGGAGAAGCCUGUAUGACAGGGCUGCAGCGGGAGUCAGCUGUCGCCUAGACAACGCAGUCUCAGUGACAACAUUGCCAUGACAACAAACACUGUUGCCGUGACAACGCCAUCGUCCCCGCCCAUCCAUCCGUGACCUACCUACCGUGACCUUUCACCUUACGUACCUUCCAUACUUCUUCUUCUCCUCCUGCCUGAGGAGAAAUGACCAAAAGCUUUACUGUACUUUAUUGUAACUGUAUUGUACUGUACGUGUGGAGACUCGAGACGAAACCUGAAAACCGCCUAGUGCUUUUUGCUGAACUGACUGCCAACCUUAACCUUACUGUGUUACUGUGUGGGCAUACUGUCUCUACCUUCCCCUUACUUUGUGGGCCAGCGUAACGGACAUACUGUGGCUCUGCUCUGUAGGCGGCCGCCGGGCCGGCCAGACCGUUACUCAACAGACCAACCUCACUGUGCUGUGUGAUGCACCGGAGUUCGCUCUGUUAGACUUGACCUGUUUAUUAUUUAUUGGACUUCCUCCUCAGUGAGGCAGAGAGAGACAGAGAGAGAGAGCAGACCAUGUGUGACUCUGAGUACAGUGAGUAAGCUACUAGAACAAAUCCCAACACAGUCAUUAAUAAAAGGAGUCUCUGGCAAAUGUAUAUUCCAGGCAUGCGAGAGACAGAGACUGGGUGGUCUACAGGGAGUUUACAAGGUGUGCCUCCUUCCAUCCCCUCCCUGCCGCUCUGAAGAGGCAUCCUGGAGCCGACCAACUGAAUGGACAUACAAGAUGUGGCAAUGAGCAUCCAUGGCUGACAUUUUGUCUGAGGCUGAUGCAAAGACCCUAUCCUAGUGGUGGAACAAAGACACAAACUCUCAAAUGCAAAAAUGCAUUACUGUUUGACACACCAAAAAGGGACCAUGAUGUACCAGGAGAAUCUAAAGUGAUUAAGCACAUUUGAUAUGGAAAGCACUGUGAGAUAUAGAGGUGGAUCAUCUGUAGCGUUCCCCAGCUGUCUGUCUUACGAACAGACUAACCUGGGGGUGCCUCCCUUAUGACCAGGCAGUGUGUGUGUGCAUGUGUGUCUGUGUGUACGCAUGCGUGUGCAUGCACACGCAUGUUUGUGUAUGUACACUAAUGUUUACGUGUAAGUGUGUAUGCGGGUCUGUGUAUGUUAGUAUGUGCUCUUGCCUGUGUAUGUACAGUAUAUGUGUGUGUGUGUGUGUGGGUGCACAUGUCCCCUUCCUGCAGCAGUGUAUGUAUGUGUGUGUGUGUGGGUGCACAUGUCCCCUUCCUGCAGCAGUGUGUCGGGCCUGUGUGUGUUUGCUGUCAGCAGAAGCCUCCUGUUUUAUUUUUAGCGCAGCUGCUUCAGAGGACCCAGAGUCUGGUCAGGUUUCCUCUCCACGGCAGGCUGACGCCAGCCUCCCCCGACCCCUCACCGCCUGCCUCUCCCCCGCCUCACCCCUCCUUACCCGCUGCCUCUAGUCUACCCAUCCCUCAGCCUCCCUCAGUAACCCUCCCCAAGCCUCCCCUGACCCAUCCUUUCCUCCCCUCUCUCCUCUAUUCCUCCCUCCAUCUGAUACUGCUGCUGUCCACCGUGCAAAGGGACCAAAGAGAUGGAGCUACCCCACAGUCCCAAUACAGAGGGACAUCACAGGAGUUAGGACAGGGAGUCAGAUAAGAAAUAUGACCUCCUUUACAGAUCCGUCCUCAACCCUUACCACUUCGUCCACAACACAUUAGGCAUUUUGCAAGGUCAUACAAUAUAUACCCUGCCAGGGCUUUCCUCUUCAAUGACAGAUUCCACUGGCCAGUUUGAUCAACCCCAGGCAGGCCCUCCCACCAACCCCUAGUCACAUACUCAUCCACUCAAUGAACUAAUAGGUUCCAGUCCUCCUCCUCUGAGUUGAUCAGGAGACAAUUAGCUAUAUAAUAGCUUCUAAUGGGGAAGGAGGGAGGGAGGGAGGUGUGUGUGGAAGGUGAAAUGGAGGAAAAGAGAGAGUGGGAGAGAUCUGUGGAUGUGGAGGAAGGAGGAAAGGAAGGGACAGAAGAGGUUGUGGACAGGGGGCUGGAGGUUAGGAAGACUGAUGUUAACCUGUGCGAGUGAGGUCAUAACAUACCAACAUGGGGAGGUGAAGAACAGGUGGGGAGGGAUGGAGGGGUGGAGGGAUGGAGGGAUGGAGGGAUGGAGGGACAGUCUGGGAGGUCUGGUUGUCUUAUGCACGGAUAUCCAAAACCGGGAUGUGAAAAGUAACAUGCCAUGUCAAGCAUGUAUGUGUGUGCUUGUACUGUAUGUGUGUGCGUGUGUAUAUUCACCUAUGCACAUACACACUCAUCCGAGUUGUUAAAGUUACUUUGCUAUAUUUUUGUAUGUACAUACUGACUGUUAUCGUAUACGUGUAUGUAUUUUUAUUCCUUGUUUUGUUCACUUUUUAUUAUGAUUGAUGUUACUAUGAUUAUUUUCUAUUAUAUUGAACAUUUACCUUGAGUCACAGACUUGGUCAAUGCCUCUAACCGUUUUAGAGGUUUUUCACUGCGGAGGAGAAGCUAACUGACCAUGUGCCACACCUUUUAUUUGUACCUCAACUUCACUAUCUCCUCUGUGAUUCAUUUCACACACACACACACACUUCACGGCCACUGUGCAAGGACCACGUUAAUGGCCUCUCCUCCACAGUCCAGCCCAUGUAGAGCUCUCCCAGGUGGUCAGGUGUUGAGUGGAAGGGCUCAGUGUGUAGGUACUGUACUGUACAUGCAUUUCUACAGAAUAACAACAAACCCUCUCUGGUGCUGUAUGCAGGCUACAAGUUAACCAAUAAACUUUCCCAUGUUGUAUUAGUAAGUAUUGCUUUGGUACAAUUGGCAUCUUGUAUGUUGUUAAAUAAUUUAAGGAGAAUAUAUGGACAUAUAGAAAUCUAUCUAAAUGAAUAUAUUAUAUAUAUUAAAUAUACAUUUCACACAUAUUUUUUUUCCGUUGCUGAUAUUUCAGAUGUGUCACAGAUAUUUAUUUAAUGGUUGCGAUGAGAGAAAAGUAUUUAUUUAACGGUGGAUGUUGCAAGGAUGAUGAUGACGUUGUAUGCUUUUUAGUUUGGUUUCUCUUGGAGUGGUGUGGCGGCUGCAGCCCUCAUGGCUAAAGAUAACCAAUAAAAGGUGUUUCCAAAUGGC